AUGAAGUCAACGUCACUUCUACAAAAGAAUAUUCCCUACACAUUUCACGACCCCACGCUCUUGGAUAAUCGGCCUUAUGUGGGUGGAACCUGGAAUAACCACAAUGAACGAAAGACAUUCGAAGUAGAAGAUUGCAAUGCAUCGGACUACAGCGCUGCUAUCGAGAUAGCUCACAAGACAUUUCCUUCCUACAAAACCCUCUCCCCUAAAAUACGGGGUAAACUUCUACGAAAUUGGUCACGGCAAGUAUCAGAAUCUGCCCAAGAUCUGGCAGCUAUCUGUACUCUUGAAUUGGGCAAACCAUUCAAAGAGUCGCUUCGAGCUGUGGACUAUGCUGUAACGUUCCUCGACUGGUUCGCCAAUCUUGCCGAACAAGGCUGUGGGAUGAGUCCAUUCCAAGCUCUGCUGCUGCUGAAGGACGGGCGACUAGAAUCUGGACCAUUCGUCAACCAGUCGGUGUCGUCUGCGCUAUUACACCCUAACAAUUCUGGUGUGCUCAAGAAAAUUGCACCGGCUCUGGCAGUCGGAUGCACAGUUGUACAUAAGCCGGCGCCAGAGACACCACUGUGUGCCAUAACUCUCGCAAAAACCUGCGAAAGAGCCGGGUUUCCUGCAGGUGCUUAUAACAUGUUACCAAGUUCACCGAAAAACGCGUCGUCAAUUGGUUCUCUCUUCUCCUCACAUUCUCUGGUACGCCAUGUAACAUUCACGGGCUCAAUUAGUGUCGGGAAAUUUCUGGCUGAGAAGUGCGGAGCGAAUCUGAAAAAGAUGACCAUACAAUUUCGUCCAGAAACUGCUCGAGGCGAUUCAAAAGAAUGUACGCCUAGGAAAUCCGUGGGAUGA